GCAGUGUGCGUGGCUCAGCCCUUCCUAUCGAACGUCAGUCUGUUUUGUAAACGAUCGAACCACAAAGGAAAGUUAAAAGGCUUUAUUGAUGAAGACUGCUGCUGUCAACAUUUACAAAUAAUUUAUCAUAUGACGAUAUCCUAUCAGCGUUCAGAUAUGACACCAAAGCGUGGCCUCAUCACCGACACCUUUAAGGUUGUAAAGAAGGCAAGGAGAGGAGGCAAGAGAAGCAAGUCUCCUUCACCACCAAAAGCAGAGCCUGAACCACCACAGCUGAGUGAAAGGGAAAAAGAUCUAGAAGAGCUGAAGAAGUUUGAUCUGGAUUGGAAGUUCGGACCAUGCACAGGGAUCAGUCGACUGCAGAGAUGGGAGAGGGCAGCACUGCAUGGGCUGAAUCCCCCGCAGGAGAUUAAAGACAUUUUGCUGAAGGAGGACACUGACCCAGAGUACACAGAGAGUCUCUGGCGUGACUAUCCUUUCUGAAAAACAGAUGGAGUGACAGAAACAGGAGGAAAAAAAAUACUUUUAAUAUGUUCUACUAUCUUUGCUUUGCUGUUUACUACACUACAUUUUACUAAACAUUUUUUAUGUAAAAGCUUUAA